AAGUUUUCCAAAAGGGUAAAGGAAGGGAGACGACGGCCGCAGCGCGUCUGCGUCGGCGGAGUGCGUACCAGAGCUCGGCAAUGGCUUCUCGUCUUCAGCUACCAGGCGACGACUCGGUGCUCCUGAGAGUCACCCACUCGAACAUCAAGAGCUUCUCCGCAGACGUCCGCUUCUCGCCCGAGAUGCCCGUGGAAUCCAUCAAGGAUAAGUUGUGGAAGAAGUGUGGUACUGCGGUCGAUUCCAUGCUCCUCGAACUCUACGACGCCGCCGGAUCCAAAGUCGCUGACCUCAACGACGCUACGAGGUCAUUCGGUUUCUACUCUCCUCAGGAUGGGUACCGUUUGCAUAUUAUUGAUCUUGAUCCUUCUUCAGUAACCUCUGGUGGCUGGUUGGAAGACACUUCAUUGGUUGAGAAAUAUAAAAUUUCAGAAGAAGCUUACAAUAAGCUUGAUAACAACUUUAGGAAGUUCAAAGAAAAAAUCACAGCUCAAAAUCCAGUGGCUAAAGAAGGAAAGUUAUCUGAGAAUUACAUGGAAGACCUAUGUGCAAAUAUCAAGGUAGGGGAUAGAUGUCAAGUUGAUCCUGGCGAGAAAAGGGGAGUUGUCAAAUUUGUUGGAAGAGCUGAAGAUCUAGGACCUGGUUUUUGGGUUGGAAUUCAGUAUGAUGAACCUCUAGGAAAGCACGAUGGCUUGGUAAAAGGUAAUCGCUAUUUUCACUGCCCUCCACAACAUGGUGCUCUGAUUAGACCUGACAAAGUCAAGGUUGGAGAUUACCCCGAGAAGGAUCCUUUCGAUGACGAAGAAAUAUGAAGCAGGAGUUUUCAUUUCAUUUUACUUCCGUAUCUGCCUUUGUCGAUCCCCAUGCUAUCGUUAUUUUGGUUAUUCGAAAAUGAAUCUCUUCACCAUCACCUUACAAUGUGCUGGAAGGUUGGUACUCAAAUUAUGUCUCUUGAUUGCUGAUGGCAGUGUAAAAACUAAUUUAUUAUGCAGGUUAAAGUGUCUACAAUUUUUUUAUAUAUAUUUUGGAUGAAGCUUUUUAAACGAGCAUUCUACAUUUAUUUCCUUUCAUGUGCAAACUGAUCAAGAGAUGGCAUUACCAUGAUAUUA